AUGGCCGCGAACACGGCGUCCUAUCUCAUCGUUGGGGCUGGUGUGUUCGGGGUAUCGACGGCCUAUCAUCUCAUCCAGAAAUACCCCGACGCAACGGUGACCCUGGUCGACAGGGAUGCCUAUGAUGCGGAGGAGCGUGUGGCGGCGUCCUGGGACUGGAACAAGGUGGUGCGCGCCGACUACGACGACUUCACCUACUGCCAGCUGGCGCUGGAGGCGCAAGACAUUUUCAAGACAGAUCCGCUGUGGAAGCCCUUUUUCCACCAGACGGGCGUGUACUGGAACUGCCGCAGCGACUAUGCGCAGAACGUCAUUGAGCACCACCGCAGGCUCGGGCGCAAGGACGACAUCAUCGCGCUGCCGGUCGCGGAGGCGCGCAAGCUGUACAACGGCAUCUUUGAGGACGCCAACUACGACGGCGUCACGGAGGUGCUCGUGAACAGGGCGAGCGGCUGGGCGGCGGCCGGCGAUUGUCUGCGGGCGGUGACCCGCAAGGCCAUCGAGCUCGGCGUCAAGUACGUUGCUGCCGAGACGGUGGCUCUGCAGCUGAGCCCCGACGGCGUCUGCACGGGCAUCGUCACGGCGUCGGGACAGGUGCUCGGCGCUGCUCAUGUGAUUCUGUGCACGGGGGCCUACACGCCCAAGCUGUUGGAGUUGAGCGCUGCGAGGAGCGGUGUGACGAGUCUCCGCGCCGGUGACCGGAUUCUGGCUGCUGGCAUUACGACCGGCAUGGCGCAGCUCGACGAGCAAGACUAUAAGACAUAUGUGGACAUGCCCGUCGGAUUUCAGGGGUAUACUGCCAAGCAUGGCAAGCCAUUUGUUGGCAGUCUUCCUCCUACCAAAGACAGGGAGCUCAAGUGGUGGGGACUCAAGAUCUUCGCCAACACGCACGAAGUCGUUCCUGGUCGCCACGUGUCGGCACCUCCCGCAGCCAAGGACUAUUCCCAGUGGAAAGUCUCGAAGCGACUGAAGGAAGAUGUAGCCGAUGCGCGGAACCUUUGGUAUGGCGAGAAGAGCAAAUCCUGGAACAUGACAAAGCACAGGAUCUGCUGGUAA